AUGCGUCGGGGAAGUCGAGAGGCUGCUGCAGGAAAUCAGCGGAGAGCGAGAGGCACUGGAGCGACUGUACAAGAAGAACAUGCUGCCGGGGAGGUGCCAGGACCUGAUAAGGACGGUCGUCCCCCGGCACGGAGCGACACCGACAGAAGCGGCCAUUGCAAGAAAUGUGCAGACUGCACUGGCAAACAAGGUUCAGGCAGAAAACAUGCUCUUCAAGAAGAAGCAGUCGCUGUAUCUUCAGCAGCUGCAUCGGGGAUCCGGACACACGGGUGCUCUUACAGACACGUAUGGAAAGAGUGUCCCCAAAGAGGAGGGUGUCCCUAUCACAGGAAGGAGUGUCCGGGAAGGGUGUCCGGAAGAUGGGCAGAUGCUUGUCGUACAGAGAGAAUCAGAGGAAGAAAUUGCGCGCAGAGAGAGAGAUAUAAUGGAUAUUGCAAAAAGGAUAUUAGAGCUGUCGGAUAUCUUCAAGGAGAUUCAAUCAGUAGUGACGGACCAGGGGUGGGGAGAGUUUGUUACGAAUAUCGAGAAUACGGGGGAGUCUAUGUGUGAGGCGAGCAAGGAGUUGAGCAAGGCAGAGGCGUAUCAAAGAAAAUCACGAAAAAGAAAAUGUAUUUUUCUUCUUAGUCUUGUGGUGCUUGGGCUUUUUAUUGUAUUUUUAACGAAAUCGAGCAAGUGA